AUUUGCAAGGUUGGUGGUUGUUACAGCGAGCUAUGUGAUUGGCAAUCAGUCUUGAAAUGGCAAGAGAUGGUGAAUGAUUUUCACCACUUAAUGCCCAGUCACGUCAACGACUCCAGUGUUUACCAACUACCGGAUGUUAAUGUUAUCAAAGCUUUAUCUAAGUAUGAAGAACAAGAUUUUGAAUCGGUAAGCAAACAUCUUGACUUGAUUCCUGGGUGUUCUCUAUCAAAUCCAAUUAAGAUAUCAACCUCAGACUGGCAGACCUGUUGUUGGAAUCCUGUUGAUCAUGGAACAAAAAGUAUGUUAGAAUUAAUUAGGGGUGUGACCCAUCUACAUACCAGUGGAAGUGCUGCAUCCUUGUACAGUCACACCAAUCAUCCUCAGCUGUAA